UUAUAUGAAUAUGGUAGUUGUGCUUGUGUCGAGCUUUGUGCACAUACUCUGUUGUGUGUGUUUUUUUUACUAUUCAAUAUCCAGUGUGUUUCGAAUUCAAUUAUUUUUUACUGACUUAAACGGAAACCGCAAAAACUAUUUGUAACAACACCGUAAAGAUUAUUUAACAACGGUAGUACGAUGGGUGCGGAUCAAUCAACUUUCGAUCAGCCGAUCUAUCCACAAUCGCAACCGAUUUGCGCCACUGAACCUCGAUUUUGUUUGCCACACAAUGUUCAGCUACAUCUAAAAGAAAAGUUCUUCUCCUUUUCCGGAGAUGACUUCAAAAUUACGGACGCCAACAACAAGGCAAUUAUAUACUUCCAGUGCGAAGGACGCUCGUUUUCGUUAAGUGAAAAGAAAGUUUUGAGAGACAAUGUGGGUGUACCUGUGCUGAACAUGAAAGAAAAAAUGUUUAGCAUAUCAGACAAAUUUAACAUAUUUGCCGGUGAAGGAAGCGAAAGACAGAUCUGCAAAUUUAGAUCACAAAUAACGUUUUUGAAAGCUAAACUGUCGACAGUAUUUCCCGAUGUAUUGACCAAAGCCCAACGUCAUUUGGUGUUGAAAGGUGACUGGAGGAGUAAGCGAUGCCUAAUUUAUUUGGGCGAACCGAAACAGGGUGGCAUUCCGUUGGCACGAAUUUACCGGCCACUGACUCAGCGUUCACUGUUCUUGGGCGUGGAUGACUACAUUAUCGAAAUUGCAGCCAAUGUGGACAUUGCCAUGUGUGUUAUCAUGUGCAUUGCUUUAGACGAACACAGUCGUGAAAGAUAAGUAAUAUUUGCUGGAAGG